AUGUCCUCCGGACUAUCGCCAGCACCGUCGGACCCGAUGGUACCGCCAGACGUCGUAACCUUCAUCGCGCAACGCGAGGGCCCCGCCGCUGCCAUGCAGCUCGUACAACAGCUCAUCGAGAUCGACAAGCUUAGGCUCGGCCUUGUCCCAUCCAACGGGCUACCGGACGUCCUCGAGGGAUUUCAAACUAUCAUACAACAGCACCUCCCGCAGUUCAACGCCUUCUACAGUCUCUUAGGGACCCCUCUUCCCUUUCACCUCAAGGGCGAGUAUCCACCGGGGACGUCGCCCGUAUACGACCUUCCGGUCGAGCUCCUCGCGCGCAUCUUCACACUGAUUGUGCGCUCCUGCGAGGUCUGGCCGUUCAACCCCAAAUCGCGCGGCUCGAGGAGCUCUAUGAUACUCCGCGCAGUCUGCAAGCGCUGGCAGACCGUCGCCGAGGCGACGCCCGCCUUAUGGACCGACGUACCCAAUAUCUGUGGAACCCUUUGGACGUCGCGGGCCGUUGAAUGGACGCGCGAGUUGCCUUUGGAUGUCACGUUACUGGAUCCAGUCGACCACGAUGUUCAAACCAGGGACAAGGCUGAGCAGAUGCGAGCGGCAAAUGCUCUUCUCCUCGCCGAGCUUCCACGCAUACGCUCGCUAGACGCACUCGUACCAAAGAUCGUCGACCACCCUAUCUGGUCAUUGUUGACAGCGAAGCCCGCGCACGCCCUAGAGAGGCUUUCCCUGAGGGGCAGGGACGAGACUCACAACCUCUACCCGGAUGAGCUAUUCGGUGGCGUACCGCCGCCCCGCUUGCACACACUCAAACUGUGCUACGCAUCGCUAUCGUCCUCCCAUCCCAUCUUCCGCUCUCCCCUCACGCAUCUCGAACUGCAGUCAUGCUACGUCUUCGCGAACGCCCAAGAGGUCCUUUCCGCGCUUGCCAGGCUGCCACUCCUCGAGCGCUUCGUCAUGAAAGCUGACUGGGAUACCCUCAACGAUCGAUUCAGUCUCAACACAUUGCCCAUCGCCAACCAAGAUUCACUCGCGCCGCCCUCGGUACAACUGCCGCAUCUUCGCGAGCUCAUACUACUCGAGCCUCUCCCGGUCGUGCUGGAGAUCUUUCAGUACAUCAAAGCCCCGCCCUCAGCUCAACUCGAGUUGCGCGGAUCCAGACAAGGAUCCGGCGAUCUCGCGAACCUUCAAAGCAUAAUCGACGAGAAACUCCGUCGACAUAUCCUAUCCGCCUACCCGAACUCCGUAUUUGACGGGUUCUCGUCUUUGAAGCUGACGGAGCUCGACAACAUCGGCGAGACAGGCUUCGACGCGGUCUUCACGGGCUCGCCAUCUCCAUCGUCAUCUGGUCCGAGGAAGUUCGUGUUCGGCUCCAUGGGGCUGUUCGCGCAGCUCUUCGUGCCUAUGCUCCAUUGGGCACCCUUGUCCGAGCACAUACGCCGUCUCGAGGUUGUCCAUGCGGAUGUCAUCGAAGGGCCCCGAGUCUGGGAGCAGGUUCUGGAGCGCCUGCCUUACCUCGAAGAGGUGCGGCUGCACGGUGUCAACGACGUUGCGGGGUUCUUCGAGUACCUCGGCGCGCAUUCUGGUUCAUUACCACGCCUGCGCCAGCUUUCCCUCGAGAGCGUCGUGAUCUCUGACACGGCGUUGCGUAUGCUCAUCGAUGCGCUGAGCUUGCGAGACGUUACGUCACCACUCAUCAACGUGCGGAUGGAUGGGUGCGAUGUGCCAGAGUCGGGGGUUCACGAGUUGAACGACCACGAGCGAGUCGGAGCGGUUGUGUGGGAUGACGAGUCUGAUGCUAUAACGAGAAGGGAUGCCGCUUUUAGGGCCAGCAUCUCGCACCGCACCUCCCAUGGCGAGGCAACCUUUCAAGAGAGUAGAGAUCGGAGCCGAGAGCGGCGGGUCGAGAUUGCGUCGGACGACGAAGACGUUGAGGAAGCAUAA